AUGGACCUUCACUGCCGAUCUCCCCACCCUGUCAAGCCCCGCUCGCGCGCCACCAGGCCUGCCUCUUCGCUUACUGAGCACAGAUGCUGGACCUGCAGGUCUCGGAAGAUCAAAUGCGAUGAACGCCAAGAGAAUGGAUGUGGUGUCUGCGAGCGAAUUGGGCUAGAAUGUGCCGGUUAUGAUGUGAAUCUAUACUGGGUUACAGGAAAGCGAGAGGAUCGGGAGAUUCGUCGUAGAAGCCUUGUGCUCUAUCGUACCCGCUCGAUUUAUUUGCCAAACAAUGAACUUGACAAGAUCUUAUCGACCCUCGAUACUAUUGAUGCGCCGUAUAGUACGAUCUCUAUGGGGCCAUUUUCUCUUUUUAAUGCUCCUUCGACCGAUGUAUCUGUCGGAGAUGCAGACGAAUAUGGUGAGCUUGUAAAACCAACAUCCGUUGUAUCUUACAAGCAAUUUACACCGCACUUUGAGCUUUCCCUGCCUCUUUUUCAAGAUUCAGAGAUCGCGCUUCUUCUAUUCCACUAUAAAGAUCAUGUUGCCGGUCUUCUCCAGCCAGUAAUUCAUCCUGAGAAUCCCUGGCGAACCACUUACAAUACGUUCGCUCUUGAAGGGCGCCUAGAUCUAUUUCUCGCCCACACCCAACACCAUCGUCGACUGCGUCAACUGCAAUAUUUCAUGGCAUUCUUUCAUCAGCUGCAUUUCAUCUUCGAAAUCUCAGUGGUGGAUCAAAGCGGUAUAACCGUCUGGGCUUUCAACAUAGGACCAAGGCCCUGGCUGCCUUGA